AUGAGCAGACCUGCUGCGGCUCCAGCUUGGGCCACUCAGGCCACUCAGGCCACUCAGGCCACUGAAGGAAAGCUUGGACCAUCUCGGACUCGGAUCAACUGUUUUUCCUCCAAGCGAGCCCAAAUCGGAACUCGACACAUGAUUGGCUGUGCAGCACACAGAACUUUUGAACAAUUGCGAUUUGACUCUCCCGCGGAUUUCGAGAUCUCGAGCUUCAGAAAGUCAGCCAACCCUCAACACAUCACCGCCAAAAUGUCAUACCACUCCGAGCAAGUGUCCGCGGACUUGAUUUGGGAGAUCACCCGUACGUUCUUCCUUUUCCGACGGCAAAUGAAGGCGAGAAUUGAAGGCGGCGAGUCGGGGAGGAGGGAAUGAAGGUCAAACUCGAUCAAGAUUCAAGGCUGACGAGACUCUGGAUACGCAGGCAGCCAAAACUCUUUCCUCGUGCAGCGCGCUCAAUCUGGAGGUGUUCGAUUUUCCCGCGACCCUUUCAACCUUACUAACAUCCACUCCCGCAAGGUACGCCACACAAAUCGCAAAGUAAAUAAUCCUGGGGCUAACAUUAUCUACAGAAUGCCGGUUUCGUCAACGACAAGGUAUGAACCACUCGACCACAGACACGACCACUAGGAGGAGGAAUACUGACCAAGUUUAGGCCGUCAGUAUCGUUGAGGAGAAGGGUGACAAGAAGGGUCUUACUUUGAUCACCAAGAAGGCCAAGUCCAACCAAAAGCCAGGCAGCUCUCUCCACAAGACCCCUCUCGGUGGAAACAAAUCAACAAGAAAGUAGGUCGCAUAUGGGGGAGCUAUCUUCGUUUGGGUCAGGAUCUAAUGUGCUACUUCAGGACCUACAAGACUAUCGCCAGCAACAUCGCCAAAUCCGGAUACCGAUCUGAUCUCCGUGCUGAUGCCAUUGCCCGCGCAUCUGCCAUCCGUCAAUCACAAGUACCAAAGAAGGCCGCACCAGAGUCAAAACUUCGAGGAGCAAAGGCCAAAAAGGCCGCAGCGGAGAAGGACGAGUAAAUAUGAGGGGGUUGAAAGGAAAUUGGUUUUGCUAGUCACGAAUAGAGCUCGUUUUUUCGGAGUUCUGAGGCAAUGGAUCAAUGAAAUGAUUCUGCGGGAUAUGAUAUGCAAUUCCUUUGGUCUAAUGAGAUCUCAAGGAAGUGUUUUGCACAGUCGGGGCAGCAGUAGCUCUAUAGACGGAAACUGAGCACCUCAAAUCCAAUCGCAUCUGCUAAACAUUUUCCCAAGCCGAAUUGCGUCCUCUUCCGAGUUUAGACAUGUGAAAAC